GUCGUUUCGCUAUAUAGCUCACGUUCAUAUAUACGUUCAGGGUUUGUUCAGCUGAACGACUGACGGUAGCUGAGAUGGGGUUCGGUGGCCGUGUUCUAGCGUGCGUUUUGGCCUUGGCUUCGGCUGGACUCGCGAUAGAAUGUCCCGCGGGAUUCUUCGAGGCAGCGGGCGGGUGCUUCGUAGUCUACACUCAGCCUGGCAGUGAUCAGACUAAUCUGGACUGGGAAGGAGCGAGGACUCUCUGCAAAAGCAUGUCGGACUCUAGUUGGACUGUUGACUUGGCUGUGUUCGAUUCCUCGGAGCAGUUGGCAGCGGUUUCGGAGGCGUGGGCUACGAUCGGCGCCACCUACCCCUACCCCUACCCGUACAUGUGGAUCGGCGUGGAGCGACAGGGCGAGACGUGGACGUGGCUUGACGGAAGGCCCUUGUCUCGCUUCUCGAACAUGUGGCGCGUUGACUAUCCUGACGAAGCCUACGAUACGGGCGUCUACCUCGAGGACUUCAAGCUGUCCAACGGCGCCAACGUCUACGGGAGGCUGUACGUCGGGAACUCCGGACACCAGUGGCUGCGUCGGUACAUGUGUCGGGCGAAGUAGGAGGGCGAAGGCGCUGACGGAGGAUGGAGCUUCGUCUUGUGGGAGAGAUGUGUUGGAAAUGAGAAAAUAAAUGUUGGAAGUAAC